AGGAAAGGGAUCACAAGAAUCAGUGGUUUUUAGGUAAAUUGACGAUUUAAAAGCGGAAAUACAUAGAAGUUGUUGUGGGGUCGGUACCAGAGGCCUAGAAAUGGCAGGAGAAGAGGCGUGGUGGUCGGGCUGGGGCCGGUGGCAGGCUCGACUGGCGCUGCUACUAGGACUUCCCGUGCUACUCACCGGCGCCUACGGCACCAACUACGUAUUCCUCGCAGCACCCACUGAGUACAGAUGUUACGUCCCGGAAUGUGAACCGAAACCUGGAGUGAUCAGAUCGCCCGAGGAAUGGUCUCCCGAAUGGAGUCAGUGGGCGCUCCCCAACGACACGCAGUGCCGGCGCCGGGCACCGAACAGCCACACGUGUCUGCCCACAUCCUUCGACAACAACACGAUCGCCUGCGACCAGUUCGUGUACCAGCAGGGCAGCAGCAUCGUCGGAGAGUUCGGUCUGGCGUGUGAGGAGUGGAAGCGCACGCUGGUGGGCACCGUGCACAACGUGGGCAUGCUCAUCUCCCUGCCGCUCAUCGGGUGGCUCUCAGACAGGUACGGUAGACGCGCAGCGCUGGUGGUGAGUGGAUGCGGAGCUGGUAUAGUGGGCGUGUGCAAGUCGUUCACCAGCUCGUACGGCGCCUACCUGCUCGCCGAGCUGCUGGAGACGGUAGCAGGCGCCAGCGUUUACCCUGCCGCCUUCGUGCUCAUGAUAGAGUGGUUGGGCGUGGAGCAGCGAAUCCUGGCUAGCCUGGUGUUGGGUCUCCCGCUGUCUCUGGGCGCCGCUUCGCUCUCCCUGUUGGAUUACCUGACUGACUCGUGGCGGCUGUGGGCCAGGAUCGCGUAUCCUCCCUCUUUCCUUCUUCUUCUGUACCCAUGGUUACUACCAGAGAGCGCGCGAUGGCUACUCACGCGUGGGCGGCUCGCUGAAGCCAUUGAGUUAGUAAAGCAAGCUGCCAGCUGGAAUAAGCUCCCCGUGCCAGAAGAAUCGCUAGAACAACUGUUACAUCCACAGAAGAACGAUAAAAUAGAAGCAGAGGAGACCGUGUUUACGGCGCUUUGUAAGUGA